AUGCGCUCCAAUGCUAUCUGGGUCGGCUUAGCCUUCUUGGCAAGUGUGGCCCCAUCACAAGCAGAGGGAACCUCAACCAUCCUCAGCACGCAGUCCACGACGUCCCUGUUUUUGCCCCCUCGCGACACCGGAGGAGCCUCUAUAUACGCGUCCGUCAUCACCCAAUCAGCUUCUACAACCCAGUAUUUGCUCGCUUGCCAAACAUCCUGGGCAGCACCGACCAAUUGUAAUGGCGACUUCAAGGGCGUCACUGCCACCUAUGGACCGUCCAGUUUCGGGGCAGUCAUAGCAGGCACCACGUACAAAUGCUCUCUUGGCAAGGACAACGCUUUGUGUGCAUCCAAGACAAAGAGUGAUGCCGCCGAUAAGACGUCCACUGUCUCGUCGUCCGAGACCAGCAAAUGGUUCACUCCAGUCACCCUUGUCCAGAGCACAACGCAGAUAUGCAAGCGGAAGAAGAGCAAGGGUAAGGGCAAUGGGGGUAGCGACGACGACUGUUCGUCAGGGGGAGGCAUCAAAGGCCAGAAUGCGGGUGUUGUUACCAUGGCGCUUGUUCUUGGGACUUAUUUAGCAAUCGCGUUGGCACUUUAG